UGUUUCUGAUUUUUAACCAUUUUUUUCCUAAUUUCAUAUUUUUCUUCUUCGUUAACAUCACAAAGUGUUAAUAUCAGAUGGUUAGGUAGCAAGAUUCUUGUGGCUAGGCUGAUGCUACUUGCCUGAAUCACAUUCAGACAAGUAACUUUUGGCAGACACGUAGCAGGUGAAGACAUCAAGAGGUUGUUAUGGAGUAUUGGAUCUUUUAUUAUGCCUUCCUACUGUUUGAAAUAUGGUUCUCAGUUCUUAUGGUACCAUGCAAUUCCAUCUCUCUAAAGGGAAGUUCUGAUUCCUCUCCAUUUUCAAGCAGCUUUCUCUUUGGAACAGCAUCUUCUUCUUACCAGUUUGAAGGAGCAUACUUGAGUGAUGGUAAAGGCCUUAACAAUUGGGACACUUUCACUCACAAGCCUGGUAAUAUCUUAGAUGGAACUAAUGGGGACAUUGCAGUGGAUCAUUAUCACAAAUAUCUGGAAGAUAUUGAUCUCAUGGAAUAUAUUGGAGUCAAUAGCUAUCGUUUCUCCAUAUCAUGGGCAAGAAUCCUACCCAAGGGAAGAUUCGGAAAUGUGAACCAGGCCGGCAUCAAUCAUUAUGACAAAAUCAUUAAUGCCCUUCUGCAUAAAGGAAUCCAACCCUUUGUGUCAUUGACUCACUAUGACAUUCCUCAGGAGCUUGAAGACAGAUAUGGAGCUUGGCUAAGUCCUGAAAUACAGGAGGACUUCAAAUAUUAUGCAGAUGUAUGUUUUAGAUCCUUUGGUGACAGAGUUAAAUACUGGUCCACCUUCAAUGAGCCCAAUGUUGCAGCAAUUUUUGGCUAUAGGACAGGGCUAUUCCCACCAUCGCGUUGCUCCGGCUCAUUUGGGAACUGUAGCAAUGGAGAUUCAGGGAGAGAGCCUUUUAUUGCUGCCCAUAACAUGAUACUAUCACAUGCAGCUGCUGUUAAUGUUUAUAGAGCUAAGUACCAGAAAGAACAAGGUGGAAGCAUAGGAAUUGCUAUGAAUGCAAUGUGGCUUGAACCUAUCAGCAGUUCCUUGGAAGACAAACUAGCAGUCGAGAGAGCCCAAGCUUUCUAUUUGAACUGGUUCCUAGACCCGAUUAUACAUGGAAAGUAUCCAACAGAAAUGCAUGAAAUUCUAGGAGAUGACUUGCCUGCAUUUUCAAACUAUGAACAGGAGAAGCUGAAGAGUGGACUAGACUUCAUUGGGAUAAACCAUUACAGCAGUUUCUACAUAAAGGAUUGCAUAUUUUCUUCCUGCGAUCAAGGUCAAGGAGCUACAAAGACAGAAGGUUUUGCUUGGUGGACUGCCCAGAAAGACGGCGUCUUCAUUGGAGAACGUACCUCAGUUGAUUGGCUACAUGCUUAUCCUGAAGGAAUGGAAAAAAUGGUGACAUAUGUAAAAGAAAGAUACAACAACACACCAAUGUUCAUUACAGAAAAUGGAUUUGGUGAGAAAGAAAAUUGCAAUACCACUACCAAAUCUUUACUCCAGGACGUCGACAGAGCGGCGUACAUGAGCAGCUACUUGGAAGCUCUGGCAAUGGCAGUAAGGAAAGGAGCCGAUGUACGAGGAUACUUUGCCUGGUCGUUGCUCGACAACUUCGAGUGGAUAGAUGGAUAUACAAUAAGGUUUGGGCUUUACCAUGUUGAUUAUUCGACUCUCAGGAGAACCCAGAAACAAUCAGCAACUUGGUACAAAGAUUAUAUUUCCAACCAUAAGGCUAGGACAACUACAUACUCAUGAAAAGUAGUAACAUGUUUCAGAUAAGUUGACCUUUCCUUAAAGGUUUGAACACAGAAUGCAAGAAAAAAUUAUGUAUGUGAGUGAAGUAAAUAACUUUGUCUGAUAUCAAUCUAUAAAGCAUUGCUUGCUUUUUUCUGAUA